AAUUCAUUUUCUAACCACACUGUGUUAAUACGAUCUCUACUUUUGAGUAAAAUUGUUGACUAACUACCCAUUUCUUCUCUCCUUUCUCUCCCUUGCCUUUGUUUCUCCUUUGAAUGCAUCUGUUGUGUAAUUUCACAUCCAACCAUGGAUUUGCUCCUGAGAGCAGCCUAUUUUCACAUGCCCACCUUCACCAUUCAUCCGCCAUGCUUCAUUUCUUUCCCCAAACUUGUUGCCAGUCCCUGAAAUGGACUUGCUUUCAGACAUUUCGGAGGAAGACCCCUUUGGGGAGGCCGACCAAAUCACACUUGACAGCUUAGAGCUCCUUUCCACAGGGGAAACAUCAGAGCAGGGGGACUGUGAAGCCGCUGUCCUUGAUUCCGUCUUGGAUCCUGUUAUAGCCCCUUCUCGGAUUGACUCUCCUCCCACCCAUGAGCAGCCUCUAAAAGAGGCUGACCACAAGGAUUCUGAGUUGGGGUACUUUUCCUUCAGUUUCUGCAAAUGCUUGCCAUCCGGCUUCCCCUCACUCCUCGAUGAAGAUGGGUAUCUUGCUUUCCCCAGCCUCCCCAAGGUCUGGGUCUCCUUCCUCCCUGCUGACAUCCAGCACUAUGUUCCUAUCACCUCCCCUUCAUUCCUUCCUUCCCUCAUCCUCAUCUUUGGGCUACUUCUCUCUGCUUCUCAGUCAGUGCCUUUUUCCCUCACCUUUUCCCUUCCUCUGGCUCUAUGCCUCUGCUACCUGGAGACUAAAGCCACUCCUUUUAAUGUGGCUUAUGACUGUAACUUGAAUGACAGAACAGAGGAAGAGGAAGCAGUUGUUGGUACUCCUACAUAGUCUUCAAUUUGUGCAGUCAACAGAACUACACUUCAUUUUAAACCCUUCCUAAUGUAGAGUGUAAACGUGUGCAUAAACUUUACCACUGAUUACCGUCAAUAUAGUCUGAGCUGUACCUGCUCACACAUAUAGCAUUUCAGUGCAUGAGAAACAAGUGUAAGCAUUUCCCCUUUCAUUGAUGUCUAUUGACCAGGUCCUCACAUUCUGAGUUGAAAGCAAACUUACAGGACUAUUUUAUAAAUAGCUAUAGACCUUACUAGGUCUUAAAAAAAGAACUUAGAAUGCAGUAGACAUCACUGUAAUUGAUGUAUAUUAUUAGAACUCCUUAUUAUUUCUUUUGUUAG